AGCCCACUCAUUGGUCCGAUGCUCGGCGUUGCCCUAUUACUCGUUCUCGGACAGCGUUCCAAUCCCAACUGCCCUUUCUUUAUUCCCCCAGAAAAUUACAAAAAACACCCUCAAAACCCACAAAAUCGAAACUUUGACCCCCUCCCUCUUCAAUUAAAAUACUCCGCUUCUCUCUCCCUCCUCAAUCUUGCCCUCCUCCAUCUCUCGCCGGCGAUGGAGGCGACCACCAAUUCUCGCCUCGAUUUCGGAAAGCUGGAGUUUGGGUGCAAGCACUAUAGGAGGAGAUGCAAGAUCCGAGCUCCCUGCUGCAACGAGAUCUUCGGAUGCCGACACUGCCACAACGAAUCCACUACUGAUCGCCACGAGCUCUGUCGUCAUGAUGUUCAGAAGGUGAUUUGCUUGGUGUGUGAUACUGAGCAGCCGGUAGGGCAAAUUUGUACAAACUGUGGGGUGAAAAUGGGGGAGUAUUUCUGUGAUACUUGCAAAUUUUUCGACGAUGACACUGACAAGGGGCAGUAUCAUUGUGAUGAUUGUGGGAUUUGUCGAGUUGGUGGGCGGGAGAAUUUCUUUCAUUGCAAAAAGUGUGGUUCCUGCUACUCAAUUGGUUUGCGUGAUAAGCAUUUAUGCGUGGAAAAUUCAAUGAGACACCAUUGCCCCAUCUGUUAUGAAUAUCUUUUUGAUUCAUUGAACGAGACACGUGUUUUGAAAUGUGGGCACACAAUACACGCUGAAUGUUUUGAAGAUAUGCUGAGUCAUGCUCAAUACGCGUGUCCAAUAUGCUCGAAGUCAGUAGUAGAUAUGUCAACACACUGGAGAAAGCUUGACGAGGAGAUACGAGCGACAGUCAUGCCUCUGGAUUAUCGCUACAAGGUGUGGAUCCUAUGUAAUGACUGCAGCAGUACAACUGAAGUUUUAUUCCACAUUAUUGGGCAUAAGUGUGGCGAUUGUCAUUCCUACAACACGCGAACUAUUGCUCCACCUCCAGUUAUUGAUCAGUAGGAGAAAAUAAUUCAAAUUAAUUUGAAUGAAAAAAUAGGAUUCAUGUAAGCCACUCCCAAAAUUUUGGGAUAAAGGCUUUGUCGUUGUCGUCGCAUUGGAUGUAUCGUGUGCCCAGGAAAAUUUUAAACCUACCCAGGAGAUGUUGAAGGGGGCCUGUGUGUAUUCUUUGGACUAGCUUUCAAUUAUGUGUUUUGUUGUAAGGUUUAUUGAACUAUGGGUAAUCUUCUGUUUGCUUAAUUGGGUAAAUGGUGAUAUCGAUUAAAUUCACUGAUUGUUGUAAUAUCUGUUAUCAGCUAAUAGAUCUCAUUAGCUGAUUGGAAAAUUGGUGCGUUUAAAUGCCACCAGCUUUUAAAUUUA